AUGACCCCUUUCAGGCGGCGGCCUGACGCCACCUCACUCUCUGUAAUCCCUCUCUCUGUGUUUCAGAAGCUGACGUGGAAAUCCAAAGACGUCAGCAAGUGUACGGUCCGAGGAAAGAACAGCGACGAGUGCUACAACUACGUCAAAGUCCUGGUGCCUCGAAACGACGAGACGCUGUUCGCCUGCGGGACGAAUGCAUUCAACCCCACCUGCAGGAACUACAAGAUGACCAGCUUGGAGCAGGUCGGGGAGGAGGUGGUCGGUCAGGCUCGGUGUCCCUUCGAGUCCGUUCAGUCUAACGUGGGACUGUUCGCCGGAGGAGAUUUCUACUCGGCCACCAUGACGGACUUCCUGGCCAGCGACGCCGUCAUCUACAGAAGUCUGGGAGACGGCCGACCCGUCCUCAGGACCGUCAAGUACGACUCCAAGUGGCUCAGAGAGCCUCACUUCCUGCACGCCAUCGACUAUGGAAACUACGUCUACUUCUUCCUCAGUGAGAUCGCUGUGGAGUACACCGCCCUGGGCAAGGUGGUGUUCUCUCGAGUGGCCCGUGUUUGUAAGAAUGAUAACGGCGGCUCACCGAGAGUCCUGGAGAGAUACUGGACGUCCUUCCUCAAGGCUCGUCUGAACUGUUCGGUUCCUGGAGACUCGUUCUUCUACUUCGACGUCCUUCAGUCUCUCACCAACGUUCUGCAGAUCAACCAGAGACCGGCUGUGGUCGGGGUUUUCACCACUCAGGCCAACAGCAUCCCGGGGUCUGCAGUCUGCGCCUUCUACAUGGACGACAUCGAGAAAGUCUUCAACGGGAAGUUCAAGGAGCAGCGGACCAGCGACUCAUCCUGGACUCCAGUCCCCGAGGAGCAAGUCCCCAGACCGAGACCUGGUACGUGUGCAGGAGACGGUCCAGCUGCAGACUACAAGUCCUCGGUCCAGUUCCCGGAUGAGACUCUGACGUUUAUAAAGUCGUACCCUCUGAUGGAUGAAGCCGUUCCCUCCGUCAACGACCGGCCCGUCUUCACCAGGACCUCCAGCAGGUCGAAGCUGACUCAGAUCGUGGUGGAUGUCUCUGCAGGUCCAAACAAAGACCGGACUGUGAUGUUCCUGGGGUCAGACGACGGCAGAGUCCUGAAGGUUUUGGCGAGCACGCAUCCCAACGACAGCUUCGGGUCCAAACUGCUGGAGGACAUCGACGUCUACAACCCGUCAAAGUGUAACGUUCAGGGACAGGAGGACAGGAGGGUUCUGGGACUGGAGCUGGAUAAGGACAAUCAUGCUUUGUUCGUCGCCUUCACCAGCUGUGUCAUCAGAGUGCCGCUGAGCCGCUGUCCUCGACACGGAGCCUGUAAAAAAUCCUGCCUGGCCUCUCGUGACCCGUACUGCAUCUGGCUGCGGACCGGGAGCUGUGCCAACAUGGCGCCAGGUUACAAGUUGAGGAUUGAGAGCGCUCACACAGAGAGGAAACAAUAACAUGUUCGGCAGCAGACACAGCUGGCAGGUUUAAUACAAACGGCGGCGGAGAGGAGAGGAGAGGAGAG